AUGUCGAUCAACGGCACCGAAAAUCACGGAGUUAAUGAUGACAGUGAAAGUAAAGUUUUAACACCCGAAGAAGUGGUCAGUCUGGCGCAGAAAAUCGCCAAUGAUCCGUCAGUUCGAGUGUUAGAUUAUUGCAUUGAUGAUUACUCUAAGGAAAAAAUAGGCUUCACUGGCACUCACAAUAGUUUGAAAUUAACCUUUCAGAGAUCUCAGACUGACAGUUCUGAAACUGUACAUACCUUUAUUAAAAGUAUACCAGUAUACAAUGCUGAUACCAGCGAUAGUCUAUUAUACACACCAAUACUUAUGCAAGAGUCAUUUUUUUUUGAAAAAAUAUUUCCAGAAUUAACUCAUAAUUAUAAAAGCGAGAAAUGGUGUCCUACUUACUAUUUGACAACAAAGAAUGCAUUAGUAAUAGAAAAUCUGAAGUUCAGUGGCUACCGCAUGCUCGACGAAUUGUACGAUAAUCCUGUGGUUUUGAAAUCCGUUCUUGCAUCGCUAGCUCGGUUUCACAGUGGUUCGAUUCUCACAGAAGCUCGUUUGAGUCGACAAUAUAAGCAUCCCGUAAUGUUAAACGAACACUUCAAGGAUUCUAUUUCUGAACUAAUGUUUAACCCCGAGGGCGAUAAAGUUCAUUGGUAUAAUUGUGGUGUAAACUUGGCCUGUUCUUUAGCAGAACGUCUGGGUUACGAUCCAGAACAGAUUCGUAAUGUUUUCAACCGAGUUUACGAUAUGAUCAAACCUUCAAACAAUUACCGAAAUGUUAUCUGUCAUGGUGAUCUUCACAUCUACAACGUCAUGUUCGCCGAUAAUCCACCUUUAUACAAGAGCAUUCUCGUCGACUUUCAACUCAUCAGAUAUGCUCCUAUGGUGACGGAUGUGCUACAGUUUUUACAUCUUAACGCUUCGAGAAAGUUUCGCGAGGAACGCGAGCUUGAACUGAUUGCGUAUUAUCAUUCUAUAAUGGUUGAGACUAUUAAAAUUCACGAUUCUACGAUUGCACCACCGACGUUAGAAAGUAUUCUCAAAGAUUUUAAAGAUUUAAGAGUGUUCGGACUCAUUGUAGCUUGCAUUUAUAUGCCUUUAUCGUUUCUGCAUUCCAAACAUGCCAUCGAUUUAGUGGAGAAUUCGAAAUCUGUAUUUAAUUUUAUAUUUGGAGAUAGGCUGGAGUUAGUAUUAGCUCAUAUGAAAGUUGACGAAUCUUAUAGAAAUUUAGUUGAGGCUGCUAUUAUUGAACUUGCUGAGAAAACGAUCUGAUAACUGGCUGAAGACAGAUUUAAUAUAAAAUAUCAAAUUAACU